GACAAGAAGAGGCGACUAAACUAAAGCGACAACGCCGGGCUGACAUGAGCAUAGUCAAGUGUUUGGAGCACGCUUGUUGACGCAUAAUCCCGCCCUCCCCAUUGCCACUGGGAGGGGGCAACUUGAGCUGCCUAAACUCCUAUCCUCCAAAAGAGAUUUACAGAGUGCGCCACCCGCUGUUCCAGCAUCUUCGAGUCAUUUUUGUGCAACCCUUUUUUCUGGACGUAAAUCUUCUUUCCGUUUAUGUGGCUGGACUUAUUCAUCCAGGUUUACCGGAAUCGCUCUUACCGUUGCGCGUUUUUCUGACACGACUCGCGUGUAUUGACAUCACCAUCAUCACAAGGUAAUUUCUGAUCAUUGCGUGGAGGUCUAAAGUCAUGACAGCCCCCCCGCUCGUCCCACAGCCCACCUGCUGACGGUACCGGGUCGCGGGAUGAUGGGAGCACGUCUGACGCUCGUUACAAGAUUCAGAACCAGACGAUUUCUCAAUGGACGAAGACAGUGACACCCGGAAAAUCAACAGCGGCUUCCUUCGCGACCACAACUAUGCAACCGAAGCUGACAUUAUCUCAACGGUGGAGUUUAACUCAUCGGGGGAGCUGUUGGCCACCGGGGAUAAAGGAGGCCGAGUGGUUGUCUUCCAGCGGGAGCAGGAGAGUAAAAGCCAGCCCCAGCGCAGAGGGGAGUACAAUGUAUACAGCACAUUCCAAAGCCACGAGCCAGAGUUCGACUACCUGAAGAGUUUAGAGAUCGAGGAGAAAAUCAACAAGAUCAAAUGGCUCCCUCAGCAAAACGCCGCUUACUUCCUCCUCUCCACCAACGACAAAACAGUAAAGUUGUGGAAGAUCAGUGAAAGAGACAAGCGUCCCGAAGGAUACAAUCUGAAGGAUGAGGACGGCCGGAUUCGAGACCCUUCCACCAUCACCUCUCUGCGGGUGCCAGUGCUACAGCCUAUGGAUCUGAUGGUGGAGGCCACAGCCCGGCGCGUGUUCAGUAAUGCUCACACUUACCACAUCAACUCCAUCUCCGUGAACUCUGACCUCCAAACCUUCAUCUCUACCGACGACCUCCGGGUGAACCUGUGGAACUUGGAGAUCACCGACAGAAGCUUCAACAUUGUGGACAUCAAACCGGCCAACAUGGAGGAACUGACGGAGGUGAUCACGUCUGCAGAGUUCCACCCACAGCAGUGCCACACCUUCGCCUACAGCAGCAGCAAAGGCUCAAUACGACUGUGUGACAUGAGGCAGGCUGCUCUCUGCGACAAGCACUGCAAAUAUUUUGAAGAGCCAGAGGAUCCUUCGACUCGUUCUUUUUUCUCCGAAAUCAUCUCAUCCAUCUCAGAUGUGAAGUUCAGCCACAAUGGGCGUUACCUGAUGACAAGGGACUACCUCACAGUCAAAGUGUGGGACCUCCAAAUGGAGAACAAACCACUGGAGACAUACCAGGUACACGACUACCUGCGAGGUAAACUGUGCUCCCUGUAUGAAAACGACUGCAUCUUUGACAAAUUUGAGUGCGUCUGGAAUGGAUCAGACAGCGUUAUAAUGACCGGCUCCUACAACAACUUCUUCCGGAUGUUCGACCGGAACACAAAGCGAGACGUCACAUUAGAAGCAUCAAGAGAAAACAGCAAACCCAGAGCUAUUCUCAAGCCUCGCAAGGUGUGCGUAGGCGGGAAACGGCGUAAAGACGAGAUCAGUGUGGACAGCUUAGACUUCAGCAAAAAGAUCCUUCACACAACAUGGCACCCACAUGAAAACAUCAUCGCUGUAGCGGCUACAAACAACCUCUACAUCUUCCAAGACAAGGUCAACUAAAAGGCCAAACUGCCCACGCUGACCCCUGACCUUUGAACUGGGACACUGGGGGAAAGCACAUUUGGAAAAUAAUAAAGAGAUGGAGUUUAAAUGUACAAUCCUUCUGCUUUUCCCAACGCUGCUAAUUUUGGCUAAUCGACUACUGAGGACUAUCCACAGACUGAAACUGGUGCAGCCUGGAAACAUUUUUGGGGAAUUCCUCCAAAAACAAAAAGGAAAACGGACAGUGAAUUUUAAUUUAUUUAACCAAGCAAACACAAAGGGGAAAGUGAAUCCAAUGCGUUUAUGCAACAGAGGCUCGCUGCAUGAAUAAUGUGUGAUGUAGCAGCCACUUGGACCCUGACUCUAAAAGGGCGGAUGUGGGAAUAUAGCACACAGAGAGACAGCCUACAUGACUGUGGAUGUUUGUCGUGUAGCAACAGCGCCCCCUAUCUUUCAAUCUGCCCUUCUGCACGCUCAGUGUUGAAGGCAAAGACAGCACAACUCAAAGACUCGCUGCUCCAAAAAUGAGAAAGGAGACUGUUAAUGUUUCAAAUUGCCUGUGACAAAAACAAUUACAGGAAUUUUUGGAAUAUUGUGUGUUCCCUGUUCCCUGUAAUAUGAAUGAAAGAAGCCAGAUAAGGCCAUUUGAUUUGAAAAUACCGUUGUUUUU